AUGUCCACGGAAAGCCUUGGUAGCGAUGCCCGUAGAUCUCUUCAAUCCGGCAGAUUCAGUUGUGGGCUUUCACCUUCCGCUUCAGCUUCAGCUUUAGCUAUGGCUGUGAGUGGCAAUAGUUGUGACUAUGUCUCAGACACGGACUUGUCGGACGAUGAAACAGAGGAGUUCUUGGAUUCUUCGUCACCCAGUAGCACAAAUGUUUCAUUGACGCCGAUUUCUAACCAAUCAGCUCGCCUCCCCACAUUUCAUGCAAUCGGGCAAGGUGUAUGGUGCGCUCUGCUUUCUUAUGAAGCCUGCUCUCGACUCUGCCUUCGCUCAUGGGCUCAGGGCGGUUGCGCGGAAGCUGCCUAUUUCUUGAACGAUGAAUGUUCUGUAUUGCGAGAGGCAUUUGGUUUGCUGCAAGUACUAUUACAGUCCGAAGAAGAAAUACGGGCAAGACCAUCUCCAGAGCCAGACAACGAGGGAGCUGCUUCAGAAUCUUUGAAUAAGUGUACUUGUAUUGCAGAAACUGUGGCGUAUGACUUUGUGCUAGAAGUUGCCAUGAAAGUUCAACAUAUUAAGGAAAGAAAUUUGCAGCUACACAGCCAAUGGAAGUGGUUAGUAACCCAAUUUCCAUCCUUUUAUGGAGUUUCAUAUGCAUACACCAAACUAAGAUACCUUUCAUACGUCAUGGAUGUGGCUACACCCACUCAUGACUGUCUAUCUCUGGUUCAUGAUUUGCUAUUGCCUGUAAUCAUGAAAGGCAAGAGUGGUUUGAGUCAUCUAGAGAAUCGGAUUCUUGGGGUAAUUGAGGAGAAAGUUGAGAAGAUCAUUACAUUGGUUUUCGAGAAUUACAAGUCUCUUGAUGAAUCUUCACCAUCUGGGAUGAUUGAUGCUUUCAAGCCUGCUACUGGGAUUGUAGCUCCUGCUUUGGUGUCUGCCUUGAAGAUAUACACCCUUCUGCAUGAUAUUUUGAGUCCUGCUGCACAAUUGAAGUUAUGCAGAUAUUUUCAGGCUGCUGCAAGAAAAAGGUCAAGAGGGCACUUGAUAAAAACAAAUGAGAGCAGCACAUCGAUGGAUCCUGUGACUCUUUCAACUUGUUAUUACAAGAUGAAAUCUCUUGUUUGUAAUAUUAGAAAUGAGAUUUUCACUGAUAUUGAAAUCCAUAAUCAGCUUCCCAAUUUUAUAGACCUUCCAAAUAUUUCUUCAGCCAUUUACUGUGGGGAUCUCUGCAAUAGAUUGCGAGCUUUCCUUGUUGCAUGUCCUCCUCCGAGCCUUUCACCUCCUAUUGCAGAACUUGUCAUUGCUACAGCAGACUUCCAGAGGGAUCUUGAUUGCUGGAAAACUAAUCCUGUCAAAGGUGGGGUUGAUGCAAAAGAGCUGUUCGAAAAACACAUAAACACUUGGAUUCAAGAUACACGUCUUACUUUGCUUGCUUUGUGCAAAUUAAUCAAGGUAAAAAAAUGGUCAGGUGUCAGAAAUCAGCACUCAACAAAUGCUUUUAUUGAAGAUAUGUAUGAUCGGUUGAAGGAGAUGAUGGAUGAAUAUGAUUUCAUCGUUUUUCGCUGGCCAGAAUAUAUUUAUCAUUUGGAGAAGGCUAUAGCAGAUGUUGAAAAGGCAAUUGUGAAAGCCUUGCUUUGGUUGUAUGCUGAUCUUUUAACACCAUUGAAGGACAGUUUGGCAUCCAAAAUAUAUGGUCUCAAAUAUGUUAGAAAAAUUGCCAAACGAAGGGACACUUAUGUUGUCUCAUAUGAGUUGGGGAUUAUUUUAAAUUCCAUGAGCAGGGUGCUGGAGAUCUUGAAGCCGGAUAUAGAAACAAAGCUGAAUUCUUGGAGAUCUUGCAUCCCCAAUAUUAGAGACACCACCAAAGAAGAUUGUUUCAAUGAAGUAACUGUGAUGCUUAGAGCCGAAUUCAGAAGUUACUUGCAUGCAGUUGUGGAGAAACUUGCAAAAAACACGAGAUUGCGGCAUGAAACAAAAUUGACGAAUGUUCUUCAAGAUCUAAGGGAAACUAUGGAAGAAUCAGAUGUAAAAAGUAGAAUGCAGCAUUUGAGGGAUAUGCUAAUAUGCACAAUGGAUCAACUUCAUACAGUGGUUGAACCUCAUGUAUUGAUAGCAAUAUGCAGAGGUUUCUGGAACCGUAUGGGACAGGACAUAUUGCAUUUUGCAGGAAAGAAGAGAGAGAUCAAGUCAUAUAAAGGCUUGCGAUUCACAAUUUCAAUUUUGGAUAAUGUAUUCGCAUUAGAGAUGAAGAAAUUGCUUGGGAAUGCGCUGGAAGAGAAAGACUUGGAGCCACCGCCAAAUAGUAGGGAACUGCAUUCCUUGCUCUACUGA